UAGAUUCUUAUAAAAAUACUGGUUCUUGGAAAGCAUCACACAUUCAUCGGUUAUCCAAAUAACUGUUCAUCGUCUUCGCUUUAGAACUUGGUACCAAAAAACUCUUCAAAUAUUCCAAGAUCCUACUUUUCGAUCGAAGAUCUGGUAUGCAUCUGUGAAAAUUACUAAUUGGGUAGAGUGAACAAUAUGCUGUGGCUGAGUUUAUCGAUCGAUGUGUUCCGUUAUGUUAUCUCGUUGAAUUUGUACUGCAGGGUUAUUCUAUAAUUUGUUAUAUCUGCUUUUAACCUAAGCAUUAUUUUUAUUGUUCCAUUAAUUAACUAUCCAUGGGAUCCAGUCACCCUCCUUCCUUUGUUUGUUUUAUCUAUAUUCUUUAAGUUUAGUCAUUUAAGCGUGCAAAUUUCUAUAGUUCAAACUAUUGUCAUCUUCAUUUCUGGAUCAAGUUCACAGGCUUUGUAGUUUUGAUUUUGUUCAACUCGUUUGUAUUUUCUCGUUCAUCAAAUUGAUAAUAUCCCAUAUUUCCACCUCUGUUUCUUAGCCUUGUUUCCCAAGUCCAUCUUUAUCUUUUUGUGGUGCUUCUCAUUUGCAUUUGCAUAGAAUUUGAAGUUUGUUCAAGUUUCAAAAGAAGUUAUGGUGUGCCAAGGAGCAAGCCAGACGAGAUUUAAGGCAUUAAAACAUGAAAAUGGGAUUGCUGGGAGAACAACCAUUAUAGUUAGAGUUAUAGCAUGCUUUCAACCUUUGCAGAUUUGCCAGGCCGAAUAUUUCCGUCAGUUGUUAAAACCUGUUACGUAGAUUGAUCCUGAGUUUCUGUCAUCACACCAAGCAAGCAAUACAGCAUUUUCUACCUCUCUUAUUAAGCAUUUGUGAAAGUAAUUAAUUUACCGGUGAAACCUGAGCAUUAUCCUGGUUGUUUUAGCUGGAUGGUUACAUCCAGAGAGUUACAGACUCAUCAGCACUUUUCUGCAUGGAAUUUUCCAUUGCCCACUUCGGACUGCAUGGCACUAAUGCAGCCGGGGCAAAUCUAUAGUUCGCCGCGUCCUCCUCAUUCUUCCAGAUCUAUCGGCAUGGAUAUUUCACCAUGUUCAGUUUCUGAUUUACCUGAUACGAACUUGGUACAACUAAAUGGAGUUGAUGGGUUCUUCAAAGGUCUAUCUCCUCUUUGGGAGAGUUCAUCUCCAUCCAUACAUCCACAUUCAAAAGAUUCUCAGUGUGCUGUACCCCAUGGACGCAGGGUUGGUGCUAGCAUCAUUGAUGCUUCUCACACUUGUCUGAAAAGGUUCCUCAUUGUUGAUCAGUCCAGGAAUCACACGAGAUUGUUCUUUAACCCUUUUCCUUUUCCUUCUCCUCAAAAUCAGAUUGUUUCUUCUAAGACUCCUGGUGUUCAUGCCUCGUGUAAUGAGAAGCUAGCAGUUCAAGUAGAGAAACAAUCAUUGCUGAUGUCUGUUAUUCAAGAGAAGUGGAAUGAAAAUCAGUUAACCGAUGGGGGAAGUGAGAUGCAUGAAGACGCUAAAGAAAUCGAUGCUUUACUUUAUUCUGAUACAGAUGAUGAAUUUGAUGAAGAUGAUGCUGAUCAAGAAAAUAAUGAAGUAACUAGCAGGGUGCGUACUCCAUUUGGCACCGAAGAGGGUUAUGACGAGGACAUACAAUUUGAAGAGCUUAUUGAAGAAGUUGCGAGUUCCGAUGGCUCGACUAAAAGGCGAAGAUUGCUUGAUGGUAGGUACAAGUUAUCAUCUUUGUUGGUCGAUGAAGGCCCCAUAAAACUGGCUACUUCAUGCAACUACAAAGAUGAUGCUGAGUCAAGUGUUGUCCAUGAGAUAAACUCCUUUGGUGAUUCCAGUUCCACAAAAAGAUUGAAGAAAGUUAAAAUCUGCAAGACGCUGAAUAUUUUCAAGAGUAUUAUUCCCGGGUUAAAAAGUAAGGAUCCACAGUUGAUAAUCGAUAAAGCUAUCAAUUACUUGACAUCCUUGAAAUACGAGGCCGAAUCCACCAGAAUUAGCUAUCCUCUAGUUUUUAAUGGUGCUGUUGGUUGAUCAGUUAACUUUAGACAGAAGGGUGUUGAGUAUAAUUAUUGAUGGAUUUGAAAGUAUCAAGAUAGCUUUUCCUUUAGUGAAACCUUUACCAUGAUUUUCACUCUAAAAAGUGAAAAGUUAUGCAGUAUGAACCAAUAAACAAGGAGCUUAAUGGGACGAAUUUGGCUCUUUUACUCUCAUUAUUCUCAAGUGGUGAAGAAAAAUUGAGCUCUACAGUUCCUUUAAUGAUUAUUUUUAAGCCUUUUGGGGAUUAAAGAAAAUAUGAAAGAUUUUACGGUGUGCUGUGCUGUAAAAGAGGACCCCUUUUUCUGCGAUGGAUGAUCACACCCUGGAUUAAGAGCAUGCGCAUUUGGUGAAUUGGUCCCACCAUCCAAUCUCAGUCACAUUUGUUUCUUGAUUUCAUGCCUUUCACCCCCUGAAAAUCUUAUCUUUAUGAAGGUUCUUAUUGAGGGAGACCCCCAAAAGAUUAAUCUUGAAUUUGUUUGUUUCCCACAUGUGAGCUUUUGCUGUUGUAAUUUUUGUUUGGAGUGAAUCUGUGUCUUUGUAUUCUGCUGUAAGCAAGUAUUCUUGUACUAAAUAAAUGAUGGUUUGUGUAUGUUUUCAGUUUGCCAUUAUUGCUUUAA